UCUGCCCUCCCUUUUUUUCAUUAACUGUUUAAAAAAAAUCCAAAAACAAAUCGGUUACUCUAUUUUUUCUCCGUUGCCUCCCCCUUAGGUUCUCCGACGAUUCUAUACCAAUUUAUCUCUUCUUCUCUUUUAUACCCCAUAGUCCCAUUUUUGUUUUUGUUUUUGUUUGUUCUUGUUCUCUAUUAGUUUCGAUUAGAUAUCAAGAUGAGAGGGAAACAAGAAUGGAAAAAAAUCCAAAGAAAAGAUGGUUCUGGUUCAGGUUCAGGUUCAGCAUCAGGCGGCAGUUCCCUUGCCAAACGCCGUAGACCCGGCACCUGGAGGAGAUCAGUUAAUUUCGACAUCACUCUAUGUUGGGGAUCUUGAUGUUACCGUUACGGAUGAGCAACUCUUCCAAAUGUUUGGCCAAGUAUCCGAGGUUGCCUCAGUAAGGAUUUGCCGGGACUUGGCGACGGGCCGCUCCCUUGGCUAUGGAUACGUCAACUAUAGCAAUCCACGAGAUGCGGCUAGGGCACUUGAUCUACUUAAUUUCACUCCACUGAAUAAUAAGCCCAUUCGAAUCAUGUAUUCUCAGCGUGACCCUAGUCUUCGUAAUAGUGGUACUGCAAACAUAUUUAUCAAGAACCUGGAUAAGUCUAUUGAUCACAAGGUGUUGUAUGAUACGUUUUCUUCAUUUGGCAACAUUCUGUCUUGCAAGAUCUCUACUGAUGGUAUGGGCCAGUCCAAGGGCUAUGGAUUUGUACAAUUUGACAAUGAAGAAUCCGCUCAACAUGCAAUUGAUAAAUUGAAUGGCAUGUUGAUUAAUGACAAGCAGGUUUAUGUUGGACAUUUCCUUCGUAAGCAGGAAAGAGAGACCACAACGAAUAAGACCAAAUUCAACAAUGUUUAUGUGAAAAAUCUGUCUGAGUCAAUGACAGAUAAGGAAUUAAAAACAAUUUUUGGCGACUAUGGUGAAAUUACUAGUGCCGUAGUUAUGAGGGAUGCAGAUGGAAAGUCAAAGUGUUUUGGAUUUGUUAACUUUGAAAAUACUGAUGCUGCUGCUAAAGUUGUUGAUGCUCUUAAUGGAAAGAAAUUUGAAGAGAAAGAAUGGUAUGUUGGAAAAGCCCAGAAAAAGGCAGAAAGAGAGCAUGAGCUAAAAUCUCGUUUUGAGCAAACUGUGAAGGAAGCUGCUGAUAAACUUCAGGGUGUGAAUUUAUAUGUUAAAAACUUAGAUGAUAGUAUUGAUGAUGAAAAGUUGACAGAACUGUUUUCUGAGUUUGGAAACAUUACUUCAUGCAAGGUUAUGCAUGACCCUAAUGGGAUUAGCAAAGGUUCUGGGUUUGUUGCAUUUUCAACCCCUGACGAAGCAUCUCGUUCUCUUGCUGAGAUGAAUCACAAGUUGGUUGUUGGCAAACCACUUUAUGUUGUGCUUGUUCAAAGGCAAGAAGAGAGAAGAGCAAGGCUGCAGGGUAAGUUUUCUCAAAUGGGACCACUUGGUAUCCCCUCUGUGUCUCCUUGUAUGCCAAUGUAUCCUUCUGGCGCCCCUAGUCUUGGCCAUCACUAUUUAUAUGGGCAAGCACCUCCAGCUAUCAUUCCUCCACAAGCUGGUUUUGGUUAUCAGCAGCAAAUAGUUCCUGGAAUGGGGCCCCGUGGCCCCCUUGUACCAAAUUUCUUUGUUCCCGCGGUACAGCAUGGCCAGCGCCCAUGGGGACGACAAUAUGUAGGUCCAGUUCCACAAACUCAGCAACCAAUUCCAUUAAUGCAGCAGCCAAUGCUGGGCAGGGGAUCUCGUUAUCGGCCAGGUAGUAACAUGCCUAAAAUUCCAAUAUCAAGUGUGGGAGGUAUGCCCCUUCAGCCUAUGCCUCUUAAACCUUUGGCUACGGCCCUUGCAAAUGCAACACCUGAAGAGAAAGGAUGAUGCUUGGUGAAAGCUUGUACCCCCUUGUGGAACGACUUGAGCUUGAUGCAGCUGCUAAGGUUACAGGCAUGCUUUUGGAGAUGGACCAAACUGAGGUUUUGCAUCUCAUUGAGUCACCUGAAGCUUUAAAGGCAAAGGUGGCAGAGGCCAUGGAGAUGUUGAGGAGUGUUUCUACUCAGGUAUAGGGAAAUAAUCCUGCAGAUCAGUUGGCUUCACUAUCUCUAAAUGAUAGAAAUGUCUUCUGAAUUUUAGUUUUGUAGAGGUUGGAGUUUGGAACAUUCAUCCAUGCUUUUUAGUACUUGCUAGCAUUUUUUUUGUUGGGGGGGAGUUUGGCAUCUUGCGCAUUAUCUACAGGAUUGUUAUUCGUUACGUUAAGUUUGUUUGGUGUCAUUGAAACCUAUUUUCUUAGAAUAAAUUGGUUCACAUUACUUUUAUGACAACAAAAAAAACAGUCGGCGUUAAGGUAACGAUUCUUUCCCUGAAAACAUUAGAAGGGUUCUCUAAGCCGUGCAAAGUGGGGUUAGGAUCCUAUCUUUUUCAGUAUAUUCAUCAUUACAAGUUCAUUUUAGUGUUUAAGAAUCAAAUGUCAAGAUAUACCAUUGAUUACUUUGAUGAUUAGAUAGAAAAUUACCAUAAGCCAGUUUCAUGUGCACGAAACAGCUAGGAUGCUUAAAGAAAACCCCCACCUCAUUUACUCCAUGUUGAUUGCAACAAUAUCCCAGGAGCCAAAAUUAACCUACGCAAAUAUCCAUAUAUCGGUGUGCGACAUUGUUUCCCCAACUUAUGUUUCAAUGGGUGUUCAAUUGUUCUUCGACCAUCAUAGAGUAAUCAACUAUGGUUCCAUUCUGGUUAAGGAG